ACUCGUCAUUAAAUGCAGGCAUCCUCCUCUUCCUCCCCCCUGAUGCACCGCCCUCUUCUCCACCAUCAUCAGUCCAUCAUCAGCCUCCAGCAGCUCUUCUCCCUGAUCGGAAUGUAAGCCGUGUGUCUUUAUUCCCAGCCCGGUUCCGCUCCCGGAUGGAUGGAUGGUUGAUCAGGGUUGGGAUCCGCCGCCCCUGCAGCCUGCCGGGGACUCGGGGGAUGGGGGCUCUGCAGGGCCCCAGGGCCGCGCUGUGAAGGUGGAGGAGACGCGUCCAGCUGUGGGGGAAGAUGGUGAAGCCGCUCACCUAAGCACCACUCCAUAACCUCCCUUCUUCCUCACCUCCCGCCCUCUUCCUCCUCCUGUUCUGGUUGCCGCCCGUUGCCAUGACGACCACCCCGGAGACGAUGCUGCUGCCUCCGGACCAGGGGCUGAGCCCCGAGCGGCUGGACGCCUGUGAGGGCGCUGACGGGCGCUACACGGUGGUCCCCUCCGUGGUCUGCUCCAUGUGCUGCCUCUUUGGCAUCAUCUACUGUUUCUUUGGCUACCGCUGCUUCAAGGCGGUGAUGUUCCUGACGGGCCUGAUGUUCGGCUCCGUGGUCAUCUUCAUGCUCUGCUACAAGGAGCGCGUGCUGGACACCCAGCUGAGCGUGGAGGCCUCUGUUGGCAUCGGGCUGGGCAUCGGGACGCUCUGCGGCCUGGUCACCAUGCUGGUUCGCAGCGUGGGCCUCUUCAUGGUGGGCCUGCUGCUGGGCCUGCUGGUGGGCGUGGCCACGCUGGUGGGCAUGGUGGAGCUUUCUGAGAACCCGUCGCGCUCCGUCUGGGUGCCCCUGGGCGUCCUGCUUGGGCUGGGCAUGCUGUUCGCCGUGCUGACGCUGCAGUGGCAGCGCCUCUUCACCACCAUGUCCACGGCCGUGUUUGGUGCUGCCGUCAUCACUGUGGCGUUGGACUACUUUGUGGAGCUCUUUGCGCUCAUGUUUUACAUUUAUGAGCGGAUUAAGGUGGAGCCGGGGAAGCCGGUGUGCUGGAUGACGUGGUUGGUGCUCGGAGUGUGGCCCUCCCUCACCCUGCUGGGGGUCAUAGUGCAGUGGAAGGUGACUGCUGAGGGAUACUCCCACACCAAAGUAAUCAUAAGCCGGCAGCAGAGGAGGAUGCAGGUGAUGCGGAUUCGUCAGCGAGACGACCGCUACCGCAACAAGAAGAAGAAAAAGCAGCAACAAGGCUCCUCCCACCCUAACCAGGCCAAGCAGCUUAAUGCAGAGCCCGCCUACCGCCGCAAGCCCAACCCCAUCCGCCGCUACGACACCGACGUCCUGUCGCCGAGUUACAUCCAGAGUUUCCGGGACCGGCAGGUUCAGGCGCAGCCCUUCCCGGGCCGACUGGUGGGAGGCUCUCACGCUGUGGUGGAGAUGGGCUACGACUGCAGCUCCACGACGCCGCUCACCGGGGCAGCAGGUCCUCCUCUACGAGCCUGACCAAUCCUCCACCUCCCAGAGGUUUGAUCAGGGAGGCAGCUGACUCUACAAUCACUAAACUAACCACUGGAUUGGAAAUGCAACCACCUUAGUUUUAGCCACUUACCUAACAAGAAGAAUUCCCAUGCACACAUUACAUCCUUACUGGUUCAUUAACCUCAGCUGGCUGUGGUCACUAUGGUACAUAUGAUGAAUUAACCGCAUCUUUUUUGAGACAAAAUGCACAAAAAAAUAUAUAUAAACACUGAAAACAAACGUACUUUGCAUCUAAAACCCUGAAGAAUGACCUGAAGGAGCCGACUGAACCGAUUCUCUGAGAUUUCUGGUAGUUUCAAUGCAAAACCAGCUCAGGUUCUAACAUAAGACCAACCUAAACCCAACUCUGCUUCAUUGUUCUGUCUUUCUACCGACGCUGGAGGAGCAACCAGCUUCUCAACCUCUUUAUUUCAUCAGUUAAAGGACAGCUAAACACAACUGGAAACACUUUCUGUGCCAUCUGGAACACAACAACCCUCUUUAAAACCAGAAGAGACAUCUUUUCUUUACUUUUAUGUCGGGGGAACCCUUUGUCACCCUUGGUGCUGGACAGUAAUCUUCUACAAGUGUCAAACUGCUCUCAGAAAACCGGGGAAUCUCUUUAAAUGGGUGCCUCGCCUCCUGGGACUGCAGGGUUCAGCCAGCAGGAGGUUCUCAAUGGGAGGUUCCCCUUCAAUGUUUUGUUGAACGGAGACGGUAGCCAUGGCUACGCCAAACAGGGUUUAAGUAGCUUUGCUGUCUUCAUGAUGACUGCAGAGAGAAACUAGAGAGUUUUAUUUACACUGGCACCUCCAGCGCAUGUGGAAAAUAUAGGUCCUUGUUUUUCUACUUGAAAUAUUUAGAAACUGAAAUGGUCUGAAUAGAAAUAUAUCAACAAUGACCCACAUUUUUGUUUGGCUCCAUAACUGAUUGUUCUAGUUGACGUUUUUGAGGCUUGUUUCCACUGUUGGACCAGAACCAGUGUUAGAGUUACUCCCCAGAAACACACUAAUAAGUAAUAUGAUAAUGCUAUUAAAACAUCUCUUCCAGUAAACGCUGAAUUUUGACCUUUGAUGAUUUAUAAACACUGGUUUUCAUCAGUUAGCAUUUCAGUUCCUUGCCUUUUAUAACAAGGGAGACACGCAGGAAAUACAAUAACAUUUUCCAUAAGGAUUUAUAAACACCAGCUUGAGAUUUUAAAGGGGCUGACAGUGUUUAUAAAUUCAGCCAUAGAUUGUGAUUACAGCCUAAACGGUACAAUGAAAAAUCACAUUAAGAUCAGUGAGAAAUGUUUGAUUUUUUCUAUUUCAGAAAAGUUUUUUAGUUUGCAUUUAUUGGUAAUAAUGAUUUCCAUUUACGUGUCUUUAUGCGGAUUAGCUUUUAAUGCAGGCUGCUACUGUUAGCCAAGAUAGCCAACCAGGAAAGUCAAUGAGCGACUCAAAAAGGUAGAUUUUUAUAAAAUGAAGAAUAAUUUUAUUCUGAAAAAAUGUGAUUGACAGAUGACCGUUGAUAUAUGAUUGGCCGAAUUUAGGUGUUCAGGCUGACGUAUAACUAACUGGCCUGCAGAAGAUAAAGAAAAAAACAAAACAGAUUUUAAGACAGGAUUAAAAAAAAAAAAUAGAAAUUUUCUAACUUUUGGAACAAUAUGUUUUGAUAAAGAGUAUGUUUAUUUACACGUUUAAGCCUGAAUGAUUUAAAAUUUAAAUAUGACUUCCCUACGACUUUAAGAAGGAACUAUAACAGUUACCAUAGCGACUAUAGCGACUCCCCUUCGCAGAGACAUAGGCCAGUAUCGGGUAUUACAGGCUAACAAAGAACCCAAACAACUCCCCAUUAACCUGUUCUUUAGGUUCAAUUCGGAUGGGAAGCGAAACAUCUUCAAACUUGGAAAACAAAGUUUAGUGCAAACAAAGUCAAAGCAUAAGUUGACCUUUUAAAAAUAACGUAAAAGUAGCUGUUUGUAUAAAAAACUGCUUCUUGAUUUUAAACCCAGAUGGAGGUGCCAGUGUAAAUGAACUGAACCGGACUAGCAGCCAUCUAAACUUGUACUUAGACCAAUUCUUCGAUCAUGUGCAUCGGUUUUUCUUAAUUCAGGACGAUGUAACAUCUUUCUCUGUAGUAAAAAAAAUGUGAAUAUUUUUAAACGUCUUGACCUUUUUUUUUUAAAGGAAAAAGCAAAACAAUCAACUGUACAGGGAGAGGUGAAUGGCUGCUAUGUUCUUAUUUGUCUGUGAGAAGCUGAAAUGCAUGAAGCGGAUUCCUGGGUCACACGCCGCGAUCCGCGCUGCUCCAUGUAAAAUCUGUACAUAAAACAUAGCACUUACUUUUUUUAAUGUUUUAAGUUGGAUCAAUACAUGCUUUUUUUUCCAGUGGGAUGUAUUUAUUUGAUGUUUUUAUUUAUUUUCUGAGAUGUUUUAGCAGGGUUUUAUUUAAUCUCUGUCGGCCGGCGACAUCAUGCUUUUUUAAAAACAGCUAUGAUCAUUAAAGCAUGUGCUCCUAUUGGCCAGUA